UAUAUAAAAAAGGAAUGAAAAACUAAAUAAAAACACUCUCUCUCUAGGUUUUCUCGCUUGACCCUCUCUCUCUCAAAUCUCUGCAGCUGCAGGCGUCAACGGUGCCACCGCUUCCUCGGCUCCGAUCAUCCUCCUCCUCACGCAACUGACCAAUAUGUGGAGAUACAGUAGAAACUUUGUUGUAGAUCUUUUGAGAAAAUGGAUGAACAAGUCUGAGUAUGUACCUUUAGGGGGUAUCGCUUAUUAUGUUUCUGCCCCUUCAAGCUCGGAAGAUAUGGCAGCCAAUCCUUUCCAUUCAUUGUUUUUUGUUGUAUUUAUGUUAUCUGCUUGUGCACUUUUCUCAAAGUAUGUGGCUGCACUGCCUCCUUCAACAUCUUCUCCCAGAAGAUGUUGCCAAGAAGCCAGCUUAAGGGUUCCCUUCCUCCACACUACAUCAUUUGUUUUAGGGUUCCGCCCUUUUGGACCAUUCGAUCAUUCCUUCAAGAAUGUGCUGAAAUCGAAGAAUACCAUCCUGAAGGCAUGCCCGUUUGGUGUACGCUUCUUGUUCUUGAAAUCAGAAGCCUCAUUGUCCCUGUAUACACCAUUGAAGAAGACGUCAAACCCUCUUUACUAACAUAUUCGGUUUUUCUGUUAUUUUGAAGAUUUAGUGUACUGAUUUUGUUGGUUUGUUUAUUCAGCUCAUUUGUUUCUUAUCUCAUCCUUUGAGAAUUUAGAUACUAUUCAUUAUUUUAAACCCAAAACUAUGAUCAUUUGUGUAUUGUUAUUUGGAAUUUGACAAAGUCAAAUUUUAGAGUGGUGUUUCUGCAAUUGUAGACGUCAAUGGGGGCUUCUUGGCCACCUCAUGAUGAUAUUAUUUUUUAUAUGUUUCUCAUGGC